AUGGAAAUUAUAAAAUUCAGAGAAUGCAAAGAAUUAAGUAGUAACGGAUCGGAGGAGAGGAAGAAAAAUCUGUGUGCAGUAGGCGUAAGAUGUGGCAAGCCCCAAGCAGCAAGGAAAAGGAGAAAAUGCCUCAGCGAUGAUGAAAAACAAACUGAAUUUCGCCUUACUCCAUUAAGAAAUUCUGGCCUUCAUGAGUUGUGUUAA